AUGUCUUCCUGGUUUCCUGAGAGUGUAGGCUGGUUUCUGGCCUGUGCUUGGUUUUGCAGCGUCGCUUCGGGCGCACCAAUAGUAUUGAGCCAUACGUUUGCCGCUAUCGGCUUCAUCCUAAUCGCUUCAGAUGAGCGCAGGGCCAGUAGCAAAUCAUUCGAGCAGUUUGGCAAGGAGCAAUGCGAUAAACUCAAUAGAAGUGAUAUGAGGAGUCAGACGCAUCCGAGAAUGAUAGCGGAUCUUAUUACGCGGGCAACCUCUGGCGAGGAUGCGGUGAAGGAGAUGCUCCCUGAGUGUGAAACCCUGCUUGCACGAGACCUUGGGCAAUUGCUUGACACCAUUAUGGAGAUGUAUGUGCUGCCAUGGUAUGGUAAAAUUAGCGAAGAUGCAAACUUUCCGAAUGAGCUCCGCGCCGUACUCGCUCGAGCGCUGGGAGAUGUAUGUUCGCGCAUGCUGGACCAAGUGAAUCUUGUGUCUCUCACGUUGGAUGGCUUUCUGGACGCACUGACCCGCCAAAUCAAAGCGCAUGGCGUGAUGCGGGCUAGCUGUGAGUAUGCUGGGAUAGAUCCUAAGACCGACACAGUGGCUUCGCGGUUACAGCAUCUGGAGGCUAUCAAACGGCGAAAUGACGCCACAACCCGAAAGCUCGGGAAGCUCGGGAAACUCCACCCAGCUGUUGUUUGCGGAGACGAAGAAACUUCUGCCGGAAACAAUGAUGGGCAUAGGAUGAGCAGUGUAUGUGCUGGCAAAUGUCUCGCUGGUUUCCAGUCAGAUGAUGCCUGGAUUCAUUUUGGUGGUGAAUUAGAUGCUGCUGCUGCACUUGCACAUCUCAAGAAAGAGGGCCACUAUCUGUGGCGCGUGGAGCCGGGAGCGUUGACAUCGCGUGCCCUCGAUGAACCUGUGGAAUUCAUUCUUUCAUACGCGGCUUCCGACGGUCUCAAUGUUUGUCAUGCAAUCUUUUUUGGUGUGCCAUUGUGCUCUAAUGGUGAGGCCGGUUUCGACUACGUGAGAUUCGGGGGUGGGAGCCGAGAUCCGCGUCUCGUGGACCGAAAGCGUGAACUUACAACCUGUGGCCUUGUCCCGUCUCUCCGAGAAGUUGUCAGCUUACAUUUUGCUGAUGUUGCGUUUUCAGGCGUCUGCUUCACAGACGUUGGUAAGACUCCGCCACCGGCCCCGCCUCCCACUGCGCCUCCUAGAAAGGAUCCGAAAGCGGCGCCGCGGCAGAGGACACCCAUGCCACACCUUGGCACUGACGUGCGUGAUCCGGUUGAAUCUCUUUUUCGGGAGCAGCUAAGACACGUGUUGCUCAUUGAGCUUCAGGCAGCGGUGGAGAUGGCAGAAGACGUCUCAUCCACACUUCCAGGUCGUAUGGGUCCUUACCAUAAGUUCCCCCGCGUGGGGCGCGUUGUGGGUUUGAUGAUGCAGUCAAAGAGCUUAGUUACCCAGAGCGACUGGUGUCAUGGGCGAGGCCCACAUGCUGCCUUGCGCCUCCUCAAGGCCAUCGAUGCUACUCUUGCCCACGGCGGCGUUUUUAUUGCCACAGAUGGCCACUCUACUAGGACAGCACGUGCUUGUUAUUGUGAAUAUUUCUUCCAUGCAGCGCGCGGCGACUCGAAAUCAGCCUUCCUCCGCAGCACCACAGCCGCAAUGUGCCCCGAAGCUCUGGCCGCCUGUGAUGAGUUGGUUGGAAUAACUGCGGCCAAUUGUGCGCUUCAGACAAGGCGCAGAGCUACAGAAAUGGCCUGGCUCGUUGCCGCAUUGCGCAUGCGUAAACUCCAUGGCUGUCUUUAUGACGCAGCUGCAGGCACAGCUGUAGAUGGAAUGGCCUACUACACGGCCGACUCAAUUUUUCUCGAGCCCAAUGACUAUGGUCGUCUUCUCUGGUUUGCCAAACGGAUUGAUGCGCUCGACAUGGAGCCGCCAAUUGAUGCCCUCCGACGGGAUAACCCCGAGCUUUUUGCUUACUGCUCUUCUCAUGGAAACAAACAUCUUGUCGAACCUCGAACGCCAUUCUCGCCGCCACCAAGAGACGCCCAUCCCUCACGCCACCCCCAAGUCAAUGUUAAAUCCCGCAAAUCUGGUGAUAACGACUCAAGCAUCGCGAUUGACAAGAGCAUGGACGUGGUGCUUGCAUGUCAACGACGAAUUGCGAUUGCAGCUACGCUUGAGACACGGUCAAUGAUAGUGCCCUCAAGAGUUGUAGGAUGCUCACAAGGCCACAGCUCUGCUGCAGCAAUCAAAGUCAAUUAUCUGCUUCGACAUCGUCCAACAAGUGAGUCUCUUAUCGCGAGGGGCAUCAUCCGAAGCGGAGCCUGGCUUAACAUUGAACUAGCCCGCCGCUGUGAACUUCUGACAGAGCCUCAAUUGCAAAUCGAGCAGGGCUGCGAGCAGCUUGAGAAGAGACCAAUGACCGCACCGUAUAACGCUGGGCACCUUGACUCAUCUCGAGAUGAGACCCAGGCAGCAACAUAUUAUCGAAUUUGGUUGUUGCAAGCGACGACGGUGGGUGGCGAAAAGCGAGUCGUCCCCAUCUCUCGCGACAGUGUAGCUCCACCCUAUGCGCGGAAGCGAUUUCGUGACUUUUGGUCUCUGCGUGAAGCACUCGUAACUAGCACUGGUUCGUCAGUGCGAGUUCCCGGGCUACCGCCGCGAAGGUUCCCGCGGACUGCGGUUACCAUGGAAAAGCGCCGUGCGGGUCUGGAAGAGUUUUUAACAGCCCUUUUGACCAACCCUUGCUGGCGCCACUCUCAUGAACUUGGUGAGUUCUUGACCUGCAAUAUUUUGGAGCCCUGUGAUAGCGACUUGAAUAUUGAAGCUGAAGACGAGGGCAAUUCAAGUUCCAGCGAUCACGAGCCAAACACCAGGAGUCUUUUAGGUCGAGAUGCCAUCAAUGGCAUAACACCGAGUCGAGCGCCACCCUGGAGCCCGAGUGCAAAUGAUGAAAUUGGAGUAAAUCCGCAACUCCCGUCACCCAUUCGUACCAUGGAUCUUGUAUCAGCGCCUUUCAUCGCUGCCGCUGCUCUGGUUGCGCCGAAGAAAGUCAACAAACGCACGAUGCCUCCUAUACGGCAGCCUGACUCUGCAGAUUGGCGUAAGCUUCGGCGCGUUGAGCACCGGUGCUACGUCUUCCUCCGAGUAUUCUUCGAGAUCGAACGCCUCGGUUUAUUGCGCCGUAACUUUCUUGCUCUCAUUCGUCGUGUGACAAUUACGCUCUGGUCGCCCUCACUCGCUACUUGGCUCGGAGAUCAGGCCAAACGCGAACACAAAGUUGGUUCAUUGUCCGGACUCAUAAGAAGGCUAAACGGGAUCUUAUGGCAAAAUAGCUGCGAGAAUGAAAGCAGCCUCGACCCUCAAAGUCAAGCUGUUAUCGUUGCCAUCCUGCGCAGAGACCUUGUUGCCGCGGUGCCCUCAUCAUUUAUAUCUCUCCUGGGUCAAAAGGCCACCGAAGACGCCGCAGACAAGCUUCUUGAGCUCGUCUGCAUCUCCUUCAAUAUAAGCUGUGCGCUCCGAGCCAUCAAUAUCCCAAAAUUCAUCAUAGAUUGUGAAGUUUAUUCCGUCAAGGGUUAG